AUGAUGCUGCCCACUGUCCCCAACGAUGAGCUAGACCCCAAUUACAUCGCCGGGCAUCUCGGAGAGGCCAUCUCCUGCGUCGUACCUGAUUUGGAAGCUUUCCCGCGCCCUGUCCCGCCCCCAACAACAACAAGCACCCCAUUCAAUGUCCCCGAGCAUUGUUUGGUCAUUGUUUACUGCCCCCACAGCCUCGGCAGACAGUCCCGAGCCCCGGCAAACCCAGCAGCACAUAGAAAAAGGCCUGGCUGCCUACUGGCAGCUAUGAUUUAUGAACGAGAAUUGCCAAUCACUGACCGCCUCCUAGCUGCUCUUGACGCAAAUUCUGUGGAACAACCUGCAUUAGACAAGCCAAUGCCACGUUUGCUGACCUACAAAACCUUGGCUUCAACACAGCCCUACGACCAUUCCUCACCCCAGAACGACCACCCGCACCCAACCGCUCUGACCUCGGACACCUUUGAGGUGUCUCUCCAGUCGAAUUCCCUGAAGGCUCAGGAGUCUUCAUGUACCCUCAGCCGCUUUUACAAUCUGUACAGUGACGAACCGAAUAUCCCCCUUCUCUUACCCAACAACAGCGAGAAAGAACCCAACAAGAACGAGAACAAGGACCACAGCAACAACAAAUGCACCCCGCACCUCCACCAUACCAAUGAAGGUCGACACCGUAUCCAUCGCCAUCGGCUGUGGCAUCAACUUCCACUGGAAGAGUCCACAAAGUCAACCACACCAGAUGCCUCUGAUGCGACCAUUGCAGACAACCCAGCCAUGUCCUCGUUAAUUGCUAUCACUAUACCUGCCCUCAUUCUGUCUGCAAAUCCCCAUCCCGUUCCUGUCUGUUGA